AUGGUUGGCCACGAAAGGAGUCGUUUCGUGGAUCUGUCGGAUCAGUUAGCGGAUCAACUUAAGUGUGGUCUGUGUCUCAAUAUACUGGACAACCCGAUGGACACUCAUUGCAAACACACCUAUUGUCACGAGUGUCUGAAACAAUCGGUUACCUCUGGAAUCGGUGGUCGAAAGUGUCCCCAUUGUCGGCGAUCACUGACCACAGGUUCCCGGAAGAGAUCUCGCAGUGAUAUUGAUGACAAUAAUGUGCUGAUCAUAGGCCUCAAAGUCGUGGCUCAAGUGAAUCGGACCGCCAAGAAUUUUAUCGACAAAUUGCGGAUCAAAUGCCACAAUGAAUGCAAUGGAUGUCCAGAAGUGACAGAAUUGGAGCGAUUGGUCAUUCAUCUGAAGACAUGUGAGUAUAAAGUGUGUCAUAAGUGCGGCCGUAGAGACACCACAGAAGACGGACACAACUGCAUCGAUGUCCUGAAGACAGCAAACAAUGAGUUGAAACAAUUGGCACAGAAUUUGGAUAAUAAUUACAAGCAAUCACAGAAAACAUCGAAAACUGUGGCAAAACGAUUAGAUGAAUGCCAGCGCCGUAUGGAUGACUCGGAAAGACUUCGUCAAACACUUGUGAAUAAAUUGACAGAAUUGAGACAAAAGUUUAGAGAAUCCGAGAAACAGAAAACAAGGGACGACCACAUCCUGAGAUCCAUUUCCACUCAAUUGUCACCAAUUACUGGCUUUCAAACUGAUAAUCAGUUUGUCUUGCGUACGGAAUACCUGCUGAUCGGCACCUAUAGGGUUGACUCGAUUAACAUAGAGUUGUGUUCCGAUGGCCUGCGUUUGGCAGCCGUUCCCACAAAUAGCACACAAAACAAGACUAAUAUCUCAAUCGGACUGCCGUUUACUUGUAUAACACAACUCAUGUACUGUACUGACCCUUCACUACAGGUGCUGUUCAUUAAAAUCACGGCUGAGUAUUGCCUUAAGUUUUGCGAAAGUCUUCACAUGUGUGGACCCAACUCGUACGACAAGUGCACGUUUGACGUCCAGUCCAAUGAUUUGAGGGAACGGUAUAUAAAAGUGGUGGCGAUGAAGCGUUUUCAAUGCAAUUCAUUGUGUGACAUGAGUUUCAUUAGAAUUAUGGAUUACCUGAUGGACAGCCGUUGCGAAACUAUUUCAUUAUCACAGGCCCUAACCAUACGACCUACAAAUGCGGAUCCCACUGUUUAAUUAUAUAGUUAAUCAUAAUCUAUCUAUUGUACUCUAAUUAUUAUUUACUGGUAAUUUUGUUAUAAUGUUUAGAUAUACC